AUGGCAACGGAAACUAUAGCACCAACAACUGAAAUACCCGAAGUUGUCGAAGACAAAGCGUACACAAAAAUCGUGUUUGAAUUGUGUCCGUUCUGUCACAUUCCAAAAGAGUACUGCGAGUUUGGGCCAAAUGCGAAGAAGUGUAAGAAGGCACAAGCAGAGACAGAGGAACAAGCAAAAGAAGUUCCAAAAGAAGAGGAACCCAAACAAGAAGGUGCUGUUGAAACAACACCAACCGAAGCAAAAGAACCCGAAAAAGAAGAACAAAAAGAAGUAAAGAAAGAGCAGGCGAAGAAGAAAGCCACUCACAACACUAUUAAAAUCACUAACGUCAAACGAAACAAAAAGCAGUCGGUCACGAAGAUCUCAGGCGUCAAAGCAUUUGGCUUAAAACAACAAGACGUUUCAAAAUUCAUCUCCAAAAAGUUCUCCGUUGGAGCUGCUAUUGAUAAAACACAGAACAUCGAUUGCAUUAACAUUCAAGGCGACUUCGUGAGAGAAGUUGCAGAUAUCUUACACGACCAAUUCAAAAUUGACUUGGAUAAUAUUGAGUAUUGA